AUGGAAAUUAAAAAAGAACUUGAAAAUUUGGAGAUUACAAAUGAACAAAUAAAAACCAUUGAAAACUCUUAUCAUAGUCACAUCAUUGAAUGUAUUGAAAAUAACAGUGGUUUUUAUGAAGUUAAAAUUUCUCAUAUUGAAUUACUUAAACAAAACAUUUUAAUUAUUGAUUUAGGGGGAACUUAUUUUAGAUGGAGUAUUGUUAACUCUAAUAAGAAAGUAAUUAUACAAUCGAAUGUAGUUAUUAAAGUUAAACAUAAAAUCAGUGUCUUUGAAUACAUAGCUGAACAAAUUGAAGCAGUUGCUGUUUUGGGUCAAUUUUCCAAUGAUAUUAACGUAUUCAUUACUUACUCAUAUCCAAUAAUGUAUAAAGAUGGAAAGUUAAUACAAACGAGAGAAGCUAAAAAAUGGCCUUUUGCUUUAGAUUUUUAUAAUAAGGAUAUUGGUACAGAAAUUGAAAAAGUUUUUAACAGUAGAAAUAAACAAAAAGUAAGGGUGAGAUCAAUAAUAAAUGAUACAGUUGCUGUAUUACUUUCAAAUACUAGUAAGUUUUCUAAAGAACAUGCCAUUAUUGGUCUUGUAUGUGGAACUGGUACGAAUUGUGCUUAUUAUGAUGAAGAUGGAAUAGUAAGAUGUGCUGAGUGGGGAGAAUUUAAUUUCCCUAAAGGGAUAUUAAAUUCUUGGGAUCUCAAAAUUAAAGAAAAAAUUCUUAAAAAUAGAGUUUAUAGAGAAACACAUGUAUUACUUGGUGGUGUUAAUCACUUAGAUUUGAUUAACACAAUACUUGGUGAUUUUUGUCAUGCCCGUAAAGAUGAUAUAGUUAAAGCAGUAAAUGACGCAAUUGAAGAAGAAGGAUUAGAAUCAGUUAUUAUUUCUAAAGUAAGAAGGCGAGUUCAGUUACUAACAGUUGGUUUAUUAAAAGGGAUUUUAAAAACUUUUUCAAAUCCCAAAAAAUUAACAAUAAUUUUAAAUGGAUCAGUUUAUGAGGAUGAGAAAAUGAGAGACAUUUUAAUUAGAGAGUUAAAUAAUCGUUUUGAUGACAUUGAAAUUGAUUGUAAAUUCGUAAAGAACGCUACAAUUUGUGCUAAUCUUAAUUUAUUAGAUUUUAAAUAA